CUCAGUCUACAUCAUCUCCUGCUGGAGCAAAGAAUCCACCCCAACAUCCACCUCAAUUUAUCUUCAAGGAAUUGGACUGAAUUUCAUCCAUGGCAUCUAAAAUGAAAGACAGGAAGGUACGCGUUCUCCGUGCGCUCUGCUCUACGAGGACUGAACCAUUUGGCACCUCGACACUUUUGACACUUUUUAGUGACUUUGUGGAAUUUUGUACCUCAGUUUUUAAAAGAAAUAUUGUUCAGCUAGACCUCGGAGCCAUUUACAUGCAAUGCAGAGGGAUCUCUUGUCCACAAGUUUUGUGGUUGCAGGGGAACUAUCGCGCGCUUCGUGUUUUAUUCUAUCUAAUCUGGCACUCACGGAUUAUCUAAAGAUUGAGGUGUCAUUUAUCCGGUAACAGGCGAGCAUGUUAGGCUUAUUUUACUAAAAUGAAGUUUCAUAAAAUACUUUUCAGGCCUCAGAUUUACAGAAUCUUAUCAGAGCGCAGGUGCCAGCCGCGCGCUCUGGAGCAUCACAGCGCGCGACGCGCCAAACAUCAACAUAAACUCUGCAUGCAAUUUAUUUUUGUACCAAUAUUCUGUCGGUGGCUGAUUUGUUGUUGAUGUUUCUGGCUGAAAUAAUGAUAUAUGCUGCACUGUAUUUAUGGGGUUUUGUUUUCUCUCCGUGUUUCUACAGAGAACUCCCAUCUCACACAAAGUCAUCGAGAAACGGAGACGGGACCGGAUUAACCGCUGUCUUAAUGAAUUAGGGAAAACUGUACCAAUGGCGCUGGCAAAGCAGGUAUUGUACAAUUUAUAUUUGUGUUAGAGUUACCUUAACUUCAUUGUAACACACUCUUCCUUUGGAAAAAAAUGAUAUACAUAUAAAUAUCUGCUCUUUAAAUUUGGUAAUUAAUAUUGGGGUUUUUUUCUAGAACUCUGGAAAACUGGAGAAAGCUGAGAUCCUGGAGAUGACAGUUCAGUAUUUGCGCGCACUCCACUCAGCAGAUUUCCCCAGGGGGAGAGAAAAAGGUGCGUAAAACACAGAGCUCAGACACCUUUACGCAUUCCCAGUACGCGUUUGUUUGUCUGUAGACACCUCUGUAGAAACGAGUUAUUCUUAAACUUUCGUCUUUGAGAUCACUUCGCUUCUCUUUCUUCUUAAACAUGAAGCACUUGCAGCUUUACGCAGCAGGUUGAGAUCUCAAAAACGCGCUGUAGGCUAUCAGACUUCUUUGAAAGUCAUUUGGAGAAGGUUGUAAUCGAUUCUCACUUUGGUUCUCUUCAGGUGAACUUCUGGCAGAGUUUGCAAACUACUUCCAUUACGGAUACCACGAGUGUAUGAAGAACCUGGUGCACUAUCUGACCACAGAGGACAGAGCCGAGACCAAAGACAUCAAGUACGCGCGGAUCCUUGCUUUCCUGCAGUCCAAAUCCCGAGUGGUCACGGAUCCUGUGUUCGGCUCCGUGGGCUCAGUGCAUGAACCGUGUGACUUUCUCAGUCAGCUUCACUCCUCCCCCGAGCACCAAAGCCACAGUCCUUCCGAGUCCGUGUACCAACAGAGUCCACCGGGACACUUUUCCUGGCACGGGUCGACACGCAGCCCGGGCAUCUCGUAUCCAACAGUGCCGCUCUCCGCGCACACACAGCAGCACGCGGGGUACUUGUCACCCGUGCAGGGACUCGAUCACCACUAUUUUAACUUCAUCGGGCACACGCACGCAAACACGUUCAGUUUGCACAGCGCACAACAUGCCAUGUAAAGACUUUUCCCUUUUAUGUUGAUGUUUUAAUUUAUAUGUUUCUGAGUGAUGGACAGAGAGAGAGUGUGUACAUUUUGUGAAUAAAUAUUUCUGAAUUCAG